AUUUGAUUGGUUGGUAAAUGUUUAGAGGAAUAAUACUCAUGCACUAGAAGGAUUCGACAAAUUCCUAUAUAAAGAAGACCAAAGUCAUACAUUUGCAUCCAAUUUUAAUCAUCUCCACAUUCAUAAAAUAAUAGUAUAAACUCAUGGCCUCCCUUCAGGUUGAUCAUGCAAGUGAUGUGAUCACGGAAGCUGAAGUUACCAGUAAAGAGCCGUCUCCGGCGGCGGCGGCGCCGGAAAAUGCUAAACCCUUGGAUGUGGAGGACGAGGAAGAUCUGGAAGACUUGACCGAGCCAACGUACGAAGAGAAGGUUGGGAAUUCCGACGACGAAGAUGCCGAAUACUCGCCCUUCAUGGAGAGGGAAGAAGAAGGAGAAGAAGCGGCGCCGCCUUUAAGUUACGGAGGAGGACCGGCCACCUUCGACGAUUUUAAUGAAGAUGAUGACGAGGACGACAUCGUUUAAUCGAUAGUUGACGAGGACGACAUCGUUUAAUCAAAUAAUCUCAACAUUAUAAGCCAAAAUAUUUAUGUAAGGAAUUUGAGUUGGCUUUCUUUUGUGGGAUCAUGGUGUUGUUUAGGUUAUAUAACUAUAUGGAGUAUAUUAUAGGCUUGUUUACCCAUAUUAUUGAAUACGAUUUAUAAGAAUGUAAUAUUCGAAAUUAUAAUUUAUGAUUGAUUGUUAA